AACGAAACGAAACGAAAAUAGAAGACCGUUAAGAGUUGGUUAAUCAGGAAUAGAAGAGCGAGAUCUCAAGUAAAUAGAGAAGAGAUCUGCAGAAGAUGGGAUGGGGUUGGGGAAUAUGGGAGGGAGUGGUGGCGCUGGGAUCUCUGGGGCUUCUGGGUUGGGCCGGGCUCUGGUUCUUGAACCGAAGGCUGUACAAAGAGUACGAAGAGAAGAGGGUCUUAGUCCAAAUCAUUUUCAGCGUCGUCUUCGCCUUCUCUUGUAAUCUCUUGCAGCUCGUCCUCUUCGAGAUCAUCCCCCUUCUCUCCCAGAGGGCCCGAUGGCUCAACUGGAAGCUCGAUUUGUUUUGCCUCAUACUCUUACUGGUAUUCAUGCUGCCUUACUACCAUUGUUUUCUCAUGCUCCGCAACAAUGGAUUGCGGAAAGAACGCGCCGCUUUUGGAUCCGCCUUGUUCCUGCUGGCUUUCCUUUAUGCCUUCUGGCGCAUGGGAAUCCACUUCCCCAUGCCUUCCCCUGACAAAGGCUUCUUCACAAUGCCUCAACUGGUCAGUCGCAUUGGUGUCAUUGGCGUCACUGUUAUGGCCGUCUUGUCUGGCUUUGGAGCUGUCAAUCUCCCCUACAGUUAUCUAUCUCUCUUUAUCCGAGAGAUUGAGGAAGCCGAGAUCAAGUCCUUGGAAAGACAACUAAUGCAAUCCAUUGAGACUUGUAUUACUAAGAAAAAGAAAAUCAUUCUUUCUCAGAUGGAGAUGGAACGGAUUCAAGGUUCAGAAGAGAAAUUAAAGGCUAGAUCGUUCUUUAAAAGAAUCGUUGGUACUGUUGUGAGAUCUGUGCAAGAGGAUCAAAAGGAGCAAGAUAUCAAAGACAUGGAAGCAGAAGUGCAAUCAUUAGAAGAGCUUUCAAAGCAGCUAUUCUUGGAAAUAUACGAGCUGCGUCAAGCAAAGGAGGCUGCUGCUUAUUCUCGUACGUGGAGAGGUCAUAUGCAGAAUCUACUUGGCUAUGCAUGUUCAAUCUACUGUAUAUAUAAAAUGAUUAAGUCUUUGCAAAGUGUUGUUUUCAAGGAGGCUGGUUCUGUGGAUCCUGUGACGAUGACAAUUAGCAUAUUUCUGCAGUUUUUCGACAUUGGCAUCAAUGCAGCGUUAUUAUCACAGUAUAUUUCACUCUUGUUCAUUGGAAUGUUGAUUGUCAUAUCGGUACGAGGAUUCUUGACAAAUUUGAUGAAGUUCUUUUUUGCAGUUUCCAGAGUUGGAAGUGGAUCUUCUAGCAAUGUCGUACUGUUUCUAUCGGAAAUUAUGGGAAUGUACUUUGUGUCCUCUAUUCUUUUGAUCAGAAAGAGCUUGGCAACUGAGUACAGGAUGAUUAUAACAGAUGUUUUGGGUGGAGAUAUUCAGUUCGACUUCUAUCACCGUUGGUUUGAUGCUAUAUUUGUGGCCAGUGCCUUCCUUUCUCUGCUAUUGCUUUCUGCACAUUAUACUUCUCGGCAGGCGGAUAAACACCCAAUCGAUUAAUGUACUGGCUGCGAGGAGUCAUUAGCAGUGGUGAAUCUCUAAGGUUGGUGGUGCCUGUUACCAGAAGAUUUCUGCUGUGGUUAGGGAACAGAAGACAAUGCUGCCUAGCUUGGCUAACACAACCAAAUCCUAAAGUGUUUUAGACAUAAAUGUUGGUGAACGAAGACUGAGAGCAAUGUGGUUCUAAAUCUGCAAACUAUAAAAUGUUGCACAUCGAUACGUGAAUUAGUAGGUGUAUCUAACAGCCACCUUGUUAUCCCUGUACGUAUAUUUUGACAAAAGAAGAAACCAAAAUAGAAGAAAAUAGUCUCGGGCUUGCCAAUA